AUGCCAUCCAGAAACGGAAAGUACGUCGUCUUCGACAUCGUGGGUACCUGCGUCUCAUAUGACAAGCUUACCGAAGCAGUCGAAAAGCAACUCGGUGACAAGCUGCUGGCCGAGAAUGUAAAGCCCAGUCUUCUCGUGAACACCUGGCUAGAGGCCUCAGAGAGAGAAUAUACAUAUCUCUCUAUAACUGGCCGAUACGUCGCAUUCGACAAAUUGUUCUCGUCCCUCUUCUAUCGCAUGCUCUGGCUUGCCGGCAUCCAGGAGCCACGCUCCUUCGCCAGUGAAGCUGAUAUCGAGAAGAUUACCCAAGGUUACAUGGAACUUGAGCCAAGGCCUGAUCUCAAGGAAUGUUUUGAUAAGCUUCGCGCAGCGGGAUUCACUGUGCGUGGCCUGACAGCUGGAGAUUUCGACAGAGUGCUUGGGUACUUUGACAAGGCGGGGAUUGAAUUUCCAAAGGAACACUUGAUGUCUUGUGACUCGUUUGGAGUGGGCAAGCCGGACCUCAAGGCAUAUGCCUCGACCUUUGAGGAGUUGAAGGAAGCAAAGGAGCUUUGGUUCGCUGCGGCCCAUAUGUGGGACGUAAGCUCAGCUAAGCAAGUCGGAUUCAAGAGUGCCUAUUGUUCUGUGCUGGAAAAGGAGCCUUGCGUGGAUAUCUUUGGGGAGAUGGAUGUCAUGUCGGAUACUUUGAGUGAGAUGGCAGAUAAGAUCAUCCAAGCUUCUUCUUAA